AUGGUCUCGUUCGCGUCGCCGCUAUUCUGGCAGAUCAACUACCUCGUGAAAAACCUCAGCAAGAAGAACUUCAAGUCCAACGUGGCUGAACUCAACCAGCUCGUGGAACUCUACGGUGAAGACGCGCGAAUCUUUCUGCUCAACUGUCUCGUCAAGGACAUUGACUUUCGUGGCCAGAAAGACACGCUCAAGAUCCAGUUGCUUACGCACGAGGUCGCUCAGGCCUCAUCCCGGCCUAAUUUUACUACUUUUAUCUGCGAGGCGAUCGAAGGCAACGCGUCGGACGAGGUGGAUGCUGGUGCACGUUACGUGACCGAAGAGUUUCUGCAGCUCUUUUGCAAAACACUCAAGCUCAGUCUCCCACAGCAAGUGACAGUCGGUCUGGCUUUUGCGCUAGGCGAAAAUACCAAGAGCUCCACGGAAGCCAUCCGCUUCUUGCGUGCCAAGAUCCCCGAGAUCUCGUCCUGUGGCACCAAGCUGACGUCGGACGUGCUCCACUCGCUCGUCUUUGUGCUACGUAUGAAGAAGGAAUUUUGUGUGGACGUUACCGAGACCGACUCGUUCCUUGCCAGCAUCUCGUCGGCUCACCCUACCGACAUGGGCUCUCUGGAGAUGGCCCCACUCACGAUGGGCGACCCCGAGUACGUGGACUGCGAGCCCGUGACGGACCUGGACUCGCUCAACAAGCUCAUUUUGGACGUAUCUUCGAGCUGUCUGUUUUACGAGUUGAUGGAAGAUGUCGGGUACUCGUGCACGUCGUCAUCGCAAGCCUUCCGUACCCUCCUGGCCGAGGCCGGGCUUGCGAAGGCGCCCACGAUCCCACCAACACAUGUUGCAGGAAUGUUGGCGAUGCUCUCUCGGACGUUCACCGGACUAGAUGCGCAAAACGGUGCAACACUGAUAGCGAAUUUGACGAUCGACUUUGAGGCAUCUCCGUUGGACGAGGCAGCCGCUGCUCCUGUGCGUGAAAGCUGGGACCUUGAGGUGAUUGCGGAAGUGCUGGAGAAAGACUACGGCUCUAUAAAGUGGGCGAAGGUUGCAGAGAAGUUGGACCGAGCUGACCUCAACGUGCAAAAUGUUUCCCAGCUCCGCGUGCUGAUCACGGCGUUCCAGCGCUUUUCGCAAACGAAGUUCCGCGUGACGACACUAUUGCGACCGUGGAAGAACAGCCGUGCGCAUAUCAGCAUUCUAAGGGCAGCAGUAGAGGCGCCACCGGACGUGCUCUCGUUCGCCGAAUCGCCGCAUAAGCUUGCACCGUUUGAAGGCGCCGAUGCGUCCGCUGUUCCGAAGAAUGGCGUGUGGUUCUCGCUAGAUGUCGUGGAGACGCUUUUGCAGUUAUCGCUGCAGGACUGUUACGGUGAUGUACGCAAGCUUUUGGAUGGGGCUAUGAAGACGUGUCCGGAUGUGUUGAUCGCUAACUUGGCUCAGGCCUCGUCGCGCUGGAAUGCGCUGCGUGAAGAUAUGUUUUCGGAGCUGUUUAGCUCGUACAUUAUGGGCCGUCCUAACGCACCGCUCAUUAUGCGCCAUUUGUGGUCCGUGGCACCUAAGCUGGUGCUGUACGCGAGCGUGAAAUGUUUUUACGCCGCGACGGCGCCGCACAUCGUUUCGCGACUGUUUGCGCUCUUCCGGAACACAGGCGAUGCGUUCGCGUCGGCUAUUCACUCGAACUACUUUUCGUUUGCUUUGGCGCUUGCCACAAUGGGAGCCAAUCACGAUGUGCUGAACCUAGAGACGUGGCUAGUGGAACGUCUCGCGUCGCAGCGGACGGCGUUCGCGACAUCGUGUCUUGCCUUUGUGCACCGCAACUACGCUCGCGCCGUCCCGAAGAGUAGCAUUACCCCGCAAUCGAGUCAUGUGAUGUCGAUCGAGUCGUUGGCGACGAUACUGAAGUGCAUCAUGGCGGUUCAGGAGGUGUUACCCGUCACGAUAGCACAAGAACUCAAGCGCAUUAUCACCCUGUGCAUGGAAACCCACCCUGUUAUCUCGGCAUCUACACGUCCGCCUGGCGGAGCAGUGAUCUCUCACACGCCAGGAGCGUUAGGGACAGCGAGUGGCGCUUCUGCUGGAGCUGCGUCAGCUGCGAGCGCUGGGGUUGCAAGUGAGCGUUUGGCCAGCGGAGAGACCCCGUCGUAUACGGCAGAGAUGAUUGAGGAGCAGGCGAAUGCGUACUUCCAGCAGAUCUACACGUCGGAGCAGAACAUCAAUGACGUCGUAGCAAUGCUGAAACGCUUCCAAGGUUCUCGUGAAGAGCGCGAACGGCAGAUCUUUUAUUGCAUGAUUCACAAUCUGUUUGAUGAGUACCGAUUUUUCCCGCGUUAUCCGGAAAUGGAGUUACGAAUCACCGGCGUUCUUUUCGGAAAGCUCAUCGAGCACCAAGUGCUCCCGCCAAAUUUUCUCCAGACAGCGUUGCGUUCGGUACUCGAGAGUCUCCGUGAGCCUGUGAAUUCUAAGUUUUUCUUCUUCGGCGCCUGUGCGCUGCAACAGUUUGUUCCGCGACUGCGCGAGCUACCGGCGUAUUGCACCAACCUUUCGCAGAUCCCGCACCUGCAGCACGCAUUACCGGAAAUUAUGCGUCAAGUGAAUCAGGUGACUCGUUCGAUCGCAUUGUCAGGGCAGGAUGCAAGUGCUGGUAGCAGCGGUGCAUUGUCUUCGUUGAGUAGCACACUGCCCCCGUCAGGUAGUACAUUUGAAGGAAGCGGAGUGACGAGGUUGAACAGUAGUGCUGCGCCGUUUGGUGGUGCAUCACCGCCAUUGGGCGGGUCAAGCGUGAAACCUCACGGUGAUAUAGCGCUGGGCAUCCAUAUUCCACCGUCGAUCUUGAGUCGGUCAGCGGGUCCAUCGUUGGCCUCCCCGCUACAGAAAGUACCUGCCAUCUCGCCGCCACCCCCUGCUGUUCCCGCUCCCGAGUUGAAGGUGGAUCAUAUUUUCCACGGAUCAAGCAAGGUGGAUGAAGACGAAGUUGUGGAGCAACCCGACGAAAGCGUGAAAGACCGCAUUCAUUUCAUUGUGAACAACAUGUCGAUAUCCAAUUUAGAAGCCAAGAUUCCAGAAGUGCGCAAGAUGCUGCUGCCCUCGUACCAUGCUUGGCUAGCGAACUACUUGGUAGUAAAGCGCAUUUCGACACAGCCAAAUUACCACACGGUUUACCUCAUUUUUAUUGAGAAGCUUGUUCGGCCAGAGCUGGAGCAAGAGAUCCUCAAACGUACCCUUCAGAACGCACGCAAGCUGCUUACUUCGGGAACGAUCACCACCAAUUCGCAACAACGGUCGUUGCUGAAAAACGUAGGCUCGUGGCUUGGAGUCUUUACUCUCGCGCGGAACAAGCCUUUGUUGCAGCGUGAUUUGGACUUGAAAGAGUUGUUAUACAUGGGCUAUGAAACGGGCCACCUCAUUGCCGUGACACCGUUCGUUGCCAAAAUACUGGAAGGUUGCAAGAAGUCGAAGAUUUUCAAACCGCCGAACCCGUGGGUCAUGGGUCUCAUCCACGCUAUGAGCGAGAUCUACGAUGUGCCGGACCUGAAGCUGAACCUCAAAUUCGAGAUCGAAGUACUGUUCAAAUCGUUCAAGCUUAACGUGGAAGACCAGCGCAAGGCGCAGCUGUUGCACACGCGUCGCGCGCCGCCUUCUACAGCGAAUCCCGAUUUCAAUGUGAAGGUGUUCAAGAACGCAGCGAUGGCGCAGCGGUCUGCCACGCCUCCGCCAGGCUCGGGCGCGAAGCUGAGCCGACCUCUGACACCAGGGAAGCAAAUGAAGAAGACGGGUGAUGGGUUCACCGCUUCCGGAAGCCCGGCUGGAAGAGAGGCGGUCAACAGUGGCGCGCUUGCUGCAGGCAGUGCUGUCUCUACGGCUGCGGAGUCGACAGUGAUUCCUAAUCUGGCUUCAUAUGUUGCUGUGAACCCUGAGCUGCCGCUGCGCAACGUGAACUUGCGUCGUCUUGUACCCCUCGCUGUAGACCGUGCCAUUCGCGAAGUGAUCUCUCCUGUGGUGGAGCGCAGUGUAACGAUUGCGUGCAUUACUACACGAGAGGUGAUUUUGAAGGACUUUGCCACCGAGUGUGAUGAUACCAAGAUGCGCAAGGCGGCGCAUUUGAUGGUAGCAUCAAUGUCUGGAUCGUUGGCACUUAUCACAGCAAAGGAGCCGCUUCGCAAUGCCAUUGGUACACACCUCCGUGCGCUGCUACCUACCAGCGCUGGGGACCCACAGCAGCGCGAACACGUGAUCCAGGUAUGCUCCAACGAGAACACAGACCUGGGUUGCAUGCUCAUCGAGAAAGCGUCAUCUGAGAAAGCCAUGCGCGAUAUUGACGAAGCCCUUGCCGGGGCAUACGCAUCGCGUCGGCGCUACCAGCAGCAGCAAGCGCAGUCUGGCAAAGCGUCAGGAAACGACGGGGUGCAUUUUUUCGAGGGCAGCGCAAGCAGCACGGCAGUUGCAGCUUCCGCCGGUUCUCCAGGCGCUCCUAGUGGACAAUGGCCAGCGGCAUUGCCCGAAGUGUUUAAGCCAAAGCCAGGUGGGAUUCCGCCCAUGCAACUCGUGGUGUACGAAGCUUUCCAGCGCAUCCCACGACCGACUUCCAUGCCGCUUUCGUCCCGUGCAGGUGCCGGUGUAUACACAGCUGGUGCUGUGGAGAAGGAGGGAGACACUGCUGGUGUGAGCGUAACGGCGGCGUUGGAUCGUUUUGCUGGCUUGCUGGAGCGUUUCGAGUUGUUCGUGCAGAAAGUUGUUCGCCAGGCUGCUGCCGCUCAGCGCGAGCUUCCGCUGCUGCUAGCAAUUCCGGCAGAAAGCGAGGUGUUCGCAGUUCUUCGCGAGGUGCGUGCACUUGGUGGAAGUGUGCGACCAGCGCUGCGAGACGAAGCCUGUCUUAAGAUCGCGAAUCGUAUCGUUAAGUUCAUGUAUGAACUGGGCAACGGUGGUCGGGGCAAUGAGCUGUUUUUGGAGAUCCUCGUAAGCUCGUUGGAAGCACUGACUGGUAGCUGCGAGAAGCUUCGUAAAGAGGUCGUGGGGUGGGUGUUGCGCGCACCAGUGGACGAUAAGCUGAAGCUGCACUGUGAAGUCAUUGUGGCGCUUAUUCGCUACAAAGUGGUAGAUGCAAGUGAGUUCGACAUAUACCUGGCUCGAAACAUGGAGCGCAACAGCGUGGCCAUCGAGUUUGCCGUGCACGUUGUCCGCCAGUGCCUGAUGAUGGAUCAUGUUGCAGUCGCUGCCCACCUUCCAAACACCCUGGAAGCGCUAGCGCGCAUUGUAGAGCGCCACGGGGGUAUUGCCGCGAACAAGAAUGUGCAGAUCCUCGCUGGUUUGUUGGAACAAGCGCGUGUACAAAAGGCGCAGCCCCGCCCGAGUCUAUCGGUAUCACAAAAGAGCAUGGGGUCUAUUGGGAGUGGUGCUGCGAAGGCCGCUGGAGACCGGCUUUUGGUGCAGGAGCAUGCUGCCUUCCGGCACACCGUGAGCAAUGCUUUGGAGCACUGGAUCGCCAUUUACAAGGAGCCUAAUGGCAACUCGAAGAUACAUGCUCAGUACCUACAGAUGCUGAAGCAAUACGGGUUGCUUGCCGAUGACGAGAGUGUGUCGCUCUUUUUCAAAUUUGGCACGGAACUGUGUGUGGACGCAUGUCUGAAGAGCUCAUUUGCCGCGAGCGACCCUGCCGCACUCAAGAGUGGCGCAAAGAUUCCGCUGAACUACGCAGUACCGGAUGCACUAACGCACUUGAUGGCGCUACUCGUGAAGUUCCUUGACCCCUCGCCCACUGCAAAGCUCCAGGUACUCAACCACGCGGUUGGCGCAAUUGCCAACGUGUUGGUUGCGGCGCACGACCUGUCGCGCAAGAAAAAGGCUACCUUCGACCAGCGCGUGUUCUUCCGCAUGUUCGUGAACCUGAUGAAGGAGCUGACGGCACAAGAGCCGGCGUUGGAUGCGAUCCACCUCCAGGUUCUCAAUACCUUCGCUAGUGCGUACAACACGCUGCAGCCGUCGGGAUUGCCCGGCUUCGUGUUUGCUUGGACGGAGCUCAUCUCGCACCGUUGCUUCAUGCCGCUGUUGCUUCGUGCAAAACAACAGCGCGGCUGGCAGAUUCUGCACCGCCUUCUCAUGAAUCUGCUCGUCUUCAUUGAGCCAUUUUUGCGCUGUGCGAGCUCGACUACGCCGCUGCCAGAUUCUAUCGCAACGCUGUACAAAGGCGUCGUGCGCAUCAUUUUGGUCCUGCUCCACGAUUAUCCAGACUUCCUCAGCGACUUCUACACGAGCUUUUGUGACGUGCUGCCGGCCGCGUGUGUUCAACUGCGCAACGUGGUUCUGUCGGCAUUUUCUCGCUCGGUGCGGCUGCCGGACCCGCUUACCCUGGGUCUGCAGGUCGCCCAACUUCCUGAAGUGAGCGUAGCCCCGCGGCUGAUGCCCACGUGGGGAGCUGCUCUCGCCCACAAUGGCAUCAAAGAGUACGUCGAUGAGUUCCUUCAUGCGACAACAAACCGUGCCGCAGUGUUCCCUGCGGACCUCAUUUCGAAGCUGAUGCGCCCUGCUGCCCAGCUCGAGCGUGACCCAACGUCGUGCAUUUACGCGCUGCCCACGCUCAAUGCGCUUGUUCUUCACCUAGGUAAAGAGGGUAUUACGGAAAUGGCCAACGGCGGUUCUACACCUGUGAGUCCGUCACCGACGCCUUCCGGAGCUGGUGUCAAAUCCGGAGCUUCCGCUACGACCAGCAAGUUCGAGCAGAGCGCGGCUAUGGAUGUGUUUCGUUACUUGGCGGAUGAGUUGGACGCCGAAGGUCGCUACUGGUACUUCAGUUCUCUGGCGAACCACCUGCGCUACCCGAACAGUCACACGCACUAUUUCAGCUGCGUGAUUCUGUACCUGUUCUCGUACUCGAAGAACAAGAUGGUCAAGGAGCAGAUCACACGCGUCCUCAUUGAGCGUCUCAUUGCGAACCGACCACACCCGUGGGGUCUGCUGGUGACGUUCAUCGAGCUGAUUCGCAACAAGAGCUACAAAUUCUGGGAACAGGACUAUCUCGAGUGCUCGAGUGAGAUCAAAGAGGUCUUUGACGACGUGGCUCGCACAUGCCUCGGCUCGACACCUGGUGCAUCCAGUGCUAGUCCGUUGUCCGUGCUCGGCGGCAGUGCCAUGCCCGAUGCUGCCUCGUAG